AUGCCCCCAAAGACCAGCCAAUCGCCUCUUGAAGAGCUCAUCUCCUCCUUCAACGAAUUGAAUGGCGGUGAAGUCGAGGAGACCUAUGAGGAACCCAGUCCCCUCGAGUUCAUGCGCUAUGUCUCCCGCAACACUCCGUUCGUUGUUAGGGGCGCCGCAUCAACCUGGAAGGCGACCCAACUAUGGGACUCGGCAUAUCUGAAAACCGUCCUGCAGCAGAAUGUCAAUGUGGCAGUAACGCCUCACGGAAACGCAGACGCUCCUACGUUCUCUCCAGCACAUAAUGCCACAGUCAUAUCAAAACCACAUGAAGAGGAACAGCCUUUUGACGAAUUUCUUGACUAUGUAAUCAAGCAGGAAACUGACAAGACCUUUUCCUCGGAAGCCGAGGUCAGAUAUGCCCAGACUCAGAAUGACAACUUGCGUAAUGAAUACCUUGCCCUGUUUUCAGACGCGCCAAAGGACAUUCCGUUUGCCCGCAUAGCUCUCCAGAAGCCUCCCGAGGCCAUCAACAUGUGGAUUGGGAACUCUCACUCGCAGACCAACUUACACCGCGACCCAUUUGAAAACAUAUACGUCCAGGUCCGAGGAAGAAAGCACUUCGUCCUCCUGCCAGCGCUUUGUCACGCUUGCGUGAAUGAGAAGCUCGUCCUCCCAGCCACAUACCGUCGCUCAGAUCAGGGCUUGACCCUGGAACUGGAUGAGGGUGAGGAUGACGUGCCGCUGGCAAUUUGGGACCCUGAUGACCCCGAUAAGAAUACCACAAAGUAUUCGCAUCUUGCCAAACCUCUUCUUGUCACAUUGAACCCUGGUGAUAUGCUCUAUUUGCCAGCCAUGUGGUAUGACAUGGAGUUUUCCGGGCCAUUCUACCCACUAACAACUUUUGUUCGUAAUAUUGGUCUCAACUCCGAAACAACGGUAUAA